CGUCAAUGAACAGCUUUCCUAGGGUCUCGUUCUCGUUUCCUCUGCAAACUCUCUCGGACUUUGGUCGUCGGGGGUUUCUUUGUCUGUGGCACCUCGCAAGGGAUUCCACGCCAAGAAACCCGCAGCGCAUCUUGUUACAACCGCAAGCAUCUGAGAUAAAAAGCGGACGGCAGCGAAUACCAAACAUCCCUUGCACCACAAUCCCUUCCAACUCCGACAUAUACACCACGACCGAAACAUGUCGCCACACGCCGCCGCCAAUACUCUCACCGACCCAUCCACCUCCACUACCACCUCACCCAAAUCACCUUCACCAUCACCAUCACCGUCACCUCCCCCGCUCUUCCCUCUCCGGCUCUCCACCCUAACUCUCUCAACGCUGCGGCCCCACCUAACUCCAAAGAACAUCUUCCUCUCCGUCCUCCUCCUCAUCAUCGUCGUCACAGGCGCGAUCCUAUUCAUGUGUCUCGUCGGGAUGAUACGCUUCGACGACAAGGCGAGGAAGGACGCGUGGGUGGAGGUGACCAGCCAGAUUCUGAAUGCGUGCUUUUGUGUCAACGCGGGGAUGCUUGCGCCUGGGAGGGCGAGGGAUGCGUGGUUGGCGGGCAGGUGGGUUUUGAAGAACGACAUAAAAGCCGCACGGCAACUUGAACAACGCCAGUCGCCCUGGCUCAUCAUCCUCCCUCCAUCCUCAUGUAUCGCCACCCUCGACCUCGACACAAGCGCGCCCCUCCAUCUCACCACGAUCGACACCCCAUCAUCAAAACCCCCACCACCCCUCCCGCGCAAGAUUUGGCUCUCCAUCCUAUCUCUUCAAGCCCUCAAUGUCCUCUUCCAAAUCCCCAUGGCAGCCGCGAUGUGGAUCUGGGCAUCCGACCACAGCGCUCGGCCGGCGUGGCUGGUGGCGGUAUCUCUCGUUGCAAGUUUUGCGUGUGGGGCUGUCGGGGGGCUUUGGCCGCUGUGGAUCGUCAAGACGAGGACGAGGACGAAGGGGAAGGGCGGUGGUGAGAAGAAGGGUGAGAAGGAGGGGGAUGCGAGUGGAGUGAGGCUUUUGAGGGAUUCGGAGAAAGGCGAGGUGGAAGUUGAGGCGGUGGCGAUGAAGAAAAGGGAGGAACAAGCGUGAGUGUAUGCGCAAUGUGCAAUUGCAAUUCAUUACCGGAGAUAUGUUGGGGAAAAAAGGCACAGCGCAUUGGGGGGGCCGCGGCCGCUCUCCGAGUCCCCCAGCGCGCCGUGGGGGAUGGCAUCGCAGCGAUAGGAAAGCAUCGCCACAUAUACCGCUCCGCUCAACAAAAGCACACCCCUUCACCGCAUCAUGUUCCAUCACAUCCCAAAUCCAUCUUGGACACUGGGUGGUGCAUAUCCACCUAACCCUAAAAAUGCCUCCGUCAUCUUUGACGAGAGGGUCUUUGUCAUGCACGUGACUGACGGGCCGGAUUUAUUUACGCUCCUCUGAGUUCUCUCAUCUCCUUGUUUCGUAAAUCACUCCCCUCAUCCCAUUGGCUGGAUCGUUUUGCCGCAAUGAAUGAAACACGGAGGGUGCCA